AUGGAGUACAAAUCAAAGGUCCACAUUACUCCGAUCUCCCGUGACCAAACAUCAAAAACUAUUCUUCACGCCAAACCGUUAUAUUAUAUUUUAACACUCAGACUAGGUACUGAAACAGAAACUAUGGAUGAUGAACCAUCUGAAUCACCAGAAUUUAACUCCACCUCACAAAUAUCACCACCCUCUUCUCUACUACCACCAAUAUUUAUAAGUCUGUCAGUAACUUCGACCAACUAUGUAUCAAGAUCAAAGAAAUAA